CGCUCAGUGGUUUCGAAAGAGGAGCAGUCGUCGCCGUCACUCGUAUGAGCGAUUGAUUUCUAUCGUAAUUCGCCGCCGCUGUUUUCCUCCGGCAGUAGUUUUGUCGCUCUGCUUAGGGCUCUCGCCGAGUCUACACCAGUGCGGGUCCCCUGAUCAGACCUCAUCGUCGAUCUUACGUAUUGGGACACGCUUCGUGAGCUUCACUGAUUAGCCCCGACUGAGUUUCGAGCCAAUCAGGAUGGUGAAGCUGUUCCACGUCGCCGUGCUCUACAAGCACGGAUCUCAGGUCUCCGUUUUGACCGGGGCUAGCGAUCUCUCCUCUAUCGGCUUCUUCCAAAGAUCCAGCGCGGCAGAGUUCAUGAGAUUCACGUCAAAUGUUGUGGUUGAGAGAUGUCAGCUUGCCACCCGGACAACAAUCAAGGAAGGAGAAUACAUGUGCCAUUGUUACGCCCGGAGUGACGGUCUCUCUGGCGUUCUAAUAUCGGACCAUGAGUAUCCUAAUCGGGUAGCUCACACAUUCAUUAGCAAGGUUCUCGAUGAUUUUGCGGCCAAGUAUUCGCCUGAUACAUGGUCGUCCGGAGGAAACAAACCCCUGGCUGGUCUGGAAGCCCAACUAGCCAAGUAUCAAAACCCGAAUCAAGCCGACGCGAUGUCGAAGAUCCAAUGCGAUCUUGAUGAGACGAAAAUCAUUCUGCUGAAUACGAUCGACGCCGUACUCGAGCGAGGCGAGAAACUAGACGACCUCGUGGCUAAGUCAGAUGAUUUGAGCGCCCAGAGCAAAAUGUUCUACAAGACUGCGAAGAAAACGAAUCAGUGUUGUGUUCUCCUGUAGUGAGAAUCGAAUAUGCCAAUGACUCGAUAGGAUACGAAUGUAUUGGAACCAUCUACAUGGAUAUAUCGUCAGUGAGGGAUGAAAAAAAUAGUAGGAGCCCACGUGUAACUCAAAUAUCUGCGUGACAUGUACAGCGGUUGAAUAUUCGGUCUGAAUCGAUGAACUCAGGAAUCCUAUUUUUCUCCACGCGGCAGUCCGACAUUCGGACUCGAUGAUACGGAAGAAUAAAAUGUUAUUUUUCCACGAGAAUACGCUGGAUCCUUGAUCAAAGGCUCACUACUCUAAUGUAUUGUUUCCUUGUGAUCGAAGCGGUAAAAUCGCGUAUGAUCCUGAUCGAGUGACCCGUCCUGGGUAAGUCAUGGGAGCUUGGCAGACUCCAUGGUUUUUCCUAGGCUGGCCAUCGUCGCCAUUCCAGAACCUUUUCUGGAAGUUCGGACUCUAUCUCUAUAGGGUCGUAGUAGUCCCAAGGAUACGAAAUCCUUAUUACCUACUUAAGGAAGCGCAUGAAAAGCAGAGUAAUCCCCUCUCCGCAUCAGAGAUUGAAUUCCCCGCGGAAACGAGGACAGUGAAAAUAUAAGUUUAUUGCGUAGUCUGCUGAUUGUAACAGUAUUGCCGGGGAAUAAAUAUGUAUUGAA